AUGAAUUUCAUUGAGAGUGCAUUAGUUAGUCUAGGUCAAGAUGAACUUAUAAAUCGUGGUCAGGAAUUUGCAGGUGAACAUUUCCAACCUACAAAGGAUCCGUUCUAUGAGAAAUCUAACGAUGGGAAAAAACAUCGUCUUCGUAUGCCUGAUUAUUGUACAAAGGAAGAAAGUAAAAAUUGGAAAGCCAUUCAAAAUAAAGCUUGGCUGCAUGAUAAAGGGUUAUGCGGUUGUUGUUGUUGGGCAGAAAAUAUUGGAUGGGCUCCAUUCCUAGCAAUUUUCCCCAUUAUUGGUCCCUCAUUGAUGUAUUCUGUUCAUAGCAAAUUAAUUAAAUUAGCUGAUAAGAAAUAUGAUCUACCUGCAGAAAUGAAAGUCAAAAUGUAUUCUAAUAUUGCCAUUGAUCUUUGUAUUAGUUUAGUACCAAUUUUAGGUUCCGUAUUUGCUUGGUUAAAUGCAUGUUCAACAAGAAAUGCUACAAUGAUUUAUAAUUUUGUUUGUGAAAGAUCUUUAGAGAGAUAUAAUAACGAACAAAGUUUAAAACGUAAUAGAGAAGAAGCCAAUAUUAAUAAAUUACAAAAUGCUAAAAUUAUGAAACAAAAAUCAGAUCAAAAAAGAGGUCAAGUUAAUGAAGAGACAAAUAAUAUAAUAAAACCUCCAGAGAAGGCUAGGACUAGGAUUUCUGUCAAUCAAAGAGAUGUUUCAUCCACUGGUCUACAGUAUGGUAAUAGAGUCCCCUUAAAUAAUAACAGUAACAAGAAUAACCCUUGGAAACAACCACAGGCUCAACAACCACAGCCACAAAAUAAUAAUCCGUUCCAAAAUGAUGUUAAAAGUCCACCUUACCCAAUAGAUUCGUAUAAUAAUAAUAAUAACUAUGCUACUAGUAAUAAUAUUACUGUACCAACUAAUAGAAUGCAAUACCAACAAAAUAAUAUGGUAAACAACCAACAUCCGCAGUAUUACCAACAAUACAACCAAAAUCAGGCUCAGACCCAGAAUCCAAACCAAUACCCACAAGGACAAUAUAUACCAAUGCAAAACAUGCAGCAAUCGCAACGUGCUUAUCAUCCAUAA